AUGGCAGAAUAUAAAGGAUCAUCAGGAGAUGGUAAUAGAAUUAGAAUGUUAGAAAAACAAAGAGAGAAUGAAAUUAAAGAGAUUAAUAAAAAAAAAGAGAAAUUAAAAGAAGAAAAGAAAGCAAAUGUAUUUUCAAUUCAUGAUAAAUUUCAAUCUGUUUCUGAUAGUUCAAGUUCAACAUCAACACAAUUUCAAAAUGUUGGUUUAGUUUCAAUAAAUGAUUUUCAUAAUAAUAUAAAAUCUCAAAAUAAUUUAAAUGAUUCUAAAAAUAUAAAUAACAAACGACAAACUGAAAAAGAAAUUAAAAAGAAAUCAAUUGUAAAUAAAAAAUUAAAAAUUACUCAAAAAAGUAAAUUAUCAUUUGAAUUAGAUGAUGAUGGUGAUGGUGAUGGUGAAAAUAAUGAAAAUAAUGAAAAUAAUGAAGAAAAUAAUGAAAAUAAUGAAGAAAAUAAAAAUGAUAAAGAAAAUGACGAAGAUAAUGUAAAUAAUAAUAAUAAUAAUAAAAUUAAAUAUUUUGGUAAAGAUCCAAGUGUAAAUACCGAUUUUUUACCAGACAUUGAAAGAGAAGAAUUAGAGAAAUUGGAAAGAGAGAAAUUAGCAAAGGAAUGGUUAGAUCAACAAGAGAGAAUUAAAUCAGAGGAAUUUGAAAUUACAUACAGUUUUUGGGAUGGGUCAGGUCAUAGACGUUCAAUGAAAUGUUCAAAAGGAACUACGAUCGAGAGGUUUUUAGAGAAUGCCAGAAAGGAAUUCAAAGAGUUGAGAGGUGUCAGUGUCGAUAAAUUAAUGUUUAUAAAGGAGGAUAUUAUAAUACCACACAAUUAUUCAUUCUAUGAUUUAAUGUUGUCAAAGGCAAGAGGUAAGAGUGGCCCGUUAUUCAGAUUCGAUGUUCAUGAGGAUGUUAGAUUGGUUAAUGAUGCUACCGUCGAAAAGGAGGAAUCUCAUGCCGCUAAAAUGGUGGAAUCCUCUUGGUAUGAAAGAAAUAAACAUAUCUUUCCUUCUUCUCGUUGGGAAUAUUUGGCUGAGGAUGGUUUCGAUACUCAAGAUACUGAUAGAAAAUAUACAAUAUCUGAUAGAUUAGCAAAACAUUAA